AUGACACGGAACGCACCUGCUAGUCUAAGUGAGGUCCUCAAGGACCAGCUUUACGUCGGAAACCUUUCUGCCGCGCUCUCUGUCGAGCAGCGCAAGAAACACGGCAUCACGCACAUUCUGUCAGUAUGUCCCGAGUACCCGACGACGGGUGCGACGCAGGACCACCUGAACAUCUCAAUCGAGGAUUCAGAGUACGCUGACCUCCUCAUCCACCUACCUGAGACUUGUCGGUUCAUCGACGAUGCCCUGCGCAAGGGUGGUCGGGUGCUUGUCCACUGCGUCAUGGGCAUCUCACGCAGUCCUGCUGUCGUCGCUGCUUAUUUGAUGAAAACGAGGGGAUAUUUGGCUCCAGAGGCUAUCACGUUUGUUAGGCAACGGCGCCCUCAGGUGCAUCUCAACUAUGGGUUCGCCGUUCAACUGGAUACGUUCCGAAAAUGCGGUUUUGCUCCCUCGCUCGCUAACCCAAUUUACCGCUCCUGGAAGCGACGAAACGAGCAGGACGUCACCGCCUUUCUCAACCACCUUGUCGAUACCGUCUCUAUUAUCCCUGACAAACUCUUCCUUAGCAGCGAAUUCCCAUCGGACCCACAGCAAACAUGGUCACUACUCAUGGACCUUGGAAUAACUCACCUCCUGUCCAUAUCGCCCACGGAGAUCGCUACAACGACGACCGCCGGCGCUGUAACGCACCACCACCAUGUGAAUGUCGACAGCCGCGCGCCGGACGCGCUGCUCUCUACGCUGCCGGAUAUCUGUGCUUAUGUUGACGGCGCGAUUAAACGUGGUGGGAGGGUGCUUGUGCAUUCAAUGGUAGAGUCGAGGGCAUGUGCGGCUGUGUGCGCGUAUUUGAUGUCGAUUCGCCAGUAUACGGCGACAGAGGCGUUCGGCGUUAUAAACGAAGCGCUCCCACUGUUCAACCCCACGCGUAACUUUAUCCGCACGCUAGAAGUGUUUGAAGAGUGCGGCUAUGCACCAGGUCCGAAUUUAAGUUCGAGUGCCAGAUCCAGUGCGAAGUCUGAAAACUUCUCUUGUGAACUUGAAUCAUCGAAAGAGAGCGGGAUGAUCUACGAUGAUACGAGGCGAGACUUUGGUUUGGGUUUCUCUGAAAACUUUGGGAACGUUGGUGCGAAUGUGAACAUGAAUAAGAGGAGCAGUAAAAUUGCGCCUUCGCAGCACGCUCCAAUUAGUGUCCGAUAG